CUCUCUCUCUCUCUCUCUCUCUCUCUCUCUCUCUCCAACCAAAACUCCCAACGCACCCAACAUUUGUUUUCCCACGUUGGUGCUGAAGAAAGUCCAUGAAUGAAUGAUAUUACCUUCCUACGUACUGCAUGUAGGAGGAUUUAGUUGUAAUUUGUUUUGACACAUGAUAUUCGGCUUCGCUUCAAAUUUUCCAGUAAUUGAAAUGCAACACCAUUUUCUUGGCAGAGGAGAACUUUUUCUUCCUCAAAUGCUAGUACGACAUGGUUUUUCCUUUCGCCAAAUGGUGUAUUCUCUCUAACAAUAAGAAGCCUUGUGUAUUUUUUAAAGAUUUCCAUGAUUUAGAGGUUUGUGUCAUAAUUAAGCAUCAUUAUCUAUCAAGAAAGAGACUAGAAUAAAAGGGAAGCAUUGCCAAAUACAAGAAGAAAAAGAACAUUGAAUUGGUAUAGUAGAAGAUAAUGGCGUCCCUAUCCAGCCAACCAUCAAAGAAGAACAUGCGCAGCGCAAGAGGUACUUCUGACAGUUCUCAGGGAAGUCGUAAUUCCAAUGGGCAAACUGUUAAAUUUGCAAGACGAACUUCAAGUGGGCGGUAUGUCAGUCUGUCGAGAGAAGAUCUUGAUAUGUCGGGAGAAUUUUCUGGGGACUACAUGAAUUACACAGUACACAUGCCACCGACGCCCGACAAUCAGCCCAUGGACACAUCGGUGGCCGCCAAGGCUGAAGAGCAGUACGUUUCAAAUUCUCUUUUCACGGGAGGAUUCAAUAGCGUAACUCGUGCACAUCUCAUGGAUAAGGUGAUCGAGUCGGAGGUGAGUCAUCCUCAAAUGGCUGGAGCCAAGGGCUCUGCCUGUUCCAUGCCAGCAUGUGACGGCAAGGUGAUGAAAGAUGAGAGAGGAGCUGACGUGAUCCCUUGUGACUGUAGGUUUAAGAUUUGUAGAGACUGCUUCAUGGAUGCCCAAAAAGGAAAUGGUUUAUGCCCAGGUUGCAAGGAGCCAUACAAAGCCGAAGACUAUGAUCAAGACGAUCCACAAGAUUUCUCGAGUGGAGCACUACCAUUGCCAGCCCCGAAUGGCACAAAGAGGGACCCCAAAAAUAUGUCUAUGAUGAAGAGGAACCAAACCGGAGAAUUUGAUCACAAUAGGUGGUUGUUUGAGACAAAAGGCACCUAUGGCGUUGGAAAUGCCUAUUGGCCCCAAGAUGACAUCUACGAUGAUGAGGAUGAUGAAGGUUUCAAAGGGGGUAUGAUGGAAUCAAUGGAUAAACCUUGGAAGCCCCUAAGUCGAAGAAUGCCAAUUCCAGCCGCCAUUAUCAGUCCUUACAGGUUACUAGUCUUUGUCCGUCUAGUGGUCCUAUGUUUCUUUUUGCAUUGGAGGCUGUCACAUCCAAAUGAAGAUGCAGUAUGGUUGUGGUUGAUGUCAGUGGUGUGUGAGGUGUGGUUUGCCUUCUCAUGGGUCCUAGACCAGGUUCCUAAGCUUUGCCCCAUCAAUCGAUGCACAGAUCUUCAAGUCCUCCACGACAAGUUUGAUAUGCCAUCACCCGCCAAUCCCACCGGUCGCUCUGACCUUCCUGGUGUUGAUCUAUUUGUGUCCACGGCUGAUCCUGAGAAAGAACCGCCACUUGUCACUGCCUGUACCAUCCUUUCAAUUCUAGCCGUUGAUUACCCAGUGGAAAAGAUUGCAUGUUAUGUUUCUGAUGAUGGUGGCGCCCUCCUUACCUUUGAGGCCAUGGCCGAGGCUGCAAGCUUUGCUGACUUAUGGGUUCCAUUCUGUCGAAAGCAUAAUAUUGAGCCAAGAAAUCCUGAGACUUAUUUCAGCUUAAAAGUUGACCCAACCAAGAACAAAAGCAGGUUGGAUUUUGUGAAGGAUAGGAGGAAGGUGAAGAGAGAGUUUGACGAGUUCAAAGUAAGGAUAAAUGGGCUUCCAGACUCGAUUAGGAGGAGAUCAGAAGCAUUCAACGCCAGGGAAGAAAUGAAGAUGUUGAAGCACAUGAGGGAAAGUGGAGCAGACCCAUUGGAGGCCGUAAUGAAGGUCCAAAAAGCCACAUGGAUGGCUGAUGGUACCCACUGGCCUGGUACUUGGACUAUGCCUGCUAGUGAACAUGCCAGAGGUGACCAUGCAGGAAUUCUUCAGGUGAUGUUGAAGCCCCCUAGCUGUGAUCCACUAAUGGGAGAGGCCGACGAAAGGAUCAUAGACUUCUCCGAUGUGGACAUACGUCUUCCCAUGUUCGUAUAUGUUUCACGUGAGAAACGACCAGGCUAUGAUCACAAUAAGAAGGCCGGUGCCAUGAAUGCCCUUGUGCGAGCAUCUGCCGUCCUCUCCAAUGGCCCAUUCAUUCUCAAUCUUGACUGUGACCACUACAUCUACAACUGCAGAGCUAUCCGUGAAGGAAUGUGCUUUAUGAUGGACCGAGGAGGUGAGAACAUUUGCUAUAUCCAAUUCCCACAAAGAUUUGAAGGCAUUGAUCCUUCUGAUCGGUAUGCCAACCACAAUACCGUGUUCUUUGACGGCAACAUGCGCGCCCUCGACGGAGUGCAGGGCCCAGUUUAUGUGGGAACAGGUUGCAUGUUUAGGCGGUUUGCCUUGUAUGGCUUCGACCCACCAAAAACCGAUGAGAUUUCGCAGAGCACUGACUCUGAGAUGCACACCUUAAAGGCCAAUGACUUUGAUCCUGAUCUUGAUGUGAAUAGACUACCCAAGCGUUUUGGAAAUUCCAUAAUGCUAUCCGAAUCCAUACCUAUAGCUGAGUACCACGGCCGCCCACUGGCUGAUCAUUCUGCAGUCAAGUAUGGUCGGCCUCCUGGUAUUCUAAGGGCACCACGCGAUCCUCUUGAUGCCACGACUGUUGCUGAAGCUGUCUCUGUCAUUUCUUGUUGGUACGAGGAUAAGACUGAAUGGGGGGACCGAGUGGGUUGGAUUUACGGUUCGGUCACGGAAGAUGUUUUGACAGGUUACCGAAUGCACAACCGUGGGUGGCACUCAGUCUACUGCAUCACCAAGCGUGAUGCAUUUCGCGGGUCAGCUCCGAUCAACCUCACAGAUAGACUCCACCAAGUGCUCCGUUGGGCUACAGGCUCCGUUGAGAUUUUCUUCUCUAGAAAUAAUCCCUUGUUGGCUUCGAGGCGUCUGAUGCUUCUCCAGCGUCUGGCAUACCUUAACGUUGGCAUUUAUCCCUUCACCUCUUUAUUCCUUAUUGUCUAUUGCUUCCUCCCCGCACUCUCUCUAAUCUCUGGAAACUUCAUCGUGCAAACUCUAAGCGUGGUGUUCUUGGUCUACCUACUAAUAAUAACAGUGUGCCUCAUUUCGCUAGCCAUCUUGGAAGUGAAAUGGGCUGGUAUAGGAUUGGAAGAGUGGUGGAGGAAUGAACAGUUUUGGCUCAUUUCUGGAACCAGUGCACACUUGGCUGCUGUGGUGCAGGGGCUGCUCAAAGUGGUUGCUGGGAUUGAAAUAUCCUUCACUUUGACUUCAAAAUCGGCAGGAGAAGACGUUGAUGACAUCUUUGCAGACUUGUACCUUGUGAAAUGGACUUCGUUGAUGAUUCCACCAAUUGUAAUUGCAAUGGUGAAUAUAAUUGCCAUUGCCAUUGCAUUUUCAAGGACGAUCUACAGUACAGUUCCUCAAUGGAGCAAGUUCGUUGGUGGAGCAUUCUUUAGCUUUUGGGUGUUGGCUCAUCUGUAUCCUUUUGCCAAAGGUUUGAUGGGGAGGAGAGGAAAGACACCAACGAUUGUGUUUGUUUGGUCAGGUCUCAUUGCAAUCACACUUUCUUUGCUUUGGAUUGCCAUUAGUCCCCCAAAAGCAAGCUCAACAGAAGCUAACGGAGGAGGGUUUCAAUUCCCUUGAAACCUUGACUUCAAACCUCCGCCCUUUUGGUCCAUCUUUCCUUACAACUUACAGGGACAAGUAACUAACUCAUGUACGUACGUUAAUGCAUGCAACUGUAACAUAUUGGUAAAUGACAGAGACAACUUCUUAAUUUAUUUGUCCAUGCAGGUACAUUAUCAAGUUCCACAUUAUUAUUUUUGGCAAGCAUACAUAUUUUUUGUAAGUGAACAAGCAAGAAAUGAAGGAUAUUCUUCGAAAAUAUUAAUACU